UGUGUUGCGACAAGCAGAAGUCUGAUGACUCAUUUGGAGGCUGACUCGAGAAAACAGCUCCCUCUUAGCACAGAUUUCUCGUUUCCCCCGCUUUAUUCCUGAGUGGGUGAAGCAGGCUCACGCGCCAGUCCCCAUCAUUAGCUGCCCGGGGCGAGGAAGACCUGCCGGACGCGUCGCAGACCUGCGCGAGCGCUUAUUUCGCUACCCCUCCCCAACGCGGUAUCGUUCUAGCUCGUGCGGCGAAGCGAAGUGCCAUGCCAGUGAGCGCGUUUAUGCGUGUCACCCUCCGAUGCCUACCGACGAGCACUAGAUGCGGUCAAAAUGUGGGGGUGGCGGAGACUCUGACUAUGUUUCUGCUCUAAGCAGACGAGGGGAAUGAAGACGGUCAGGCUAUUUUGCCUAAGAAAAGGGGAUUGGUAAAUGUUUUUACCGAAAUAUUUAACGAUCAUGCUUUAUUUUCAGCUGGUGAUAAUGGCGGGGACAGUCAUGCUGGCAUAUUACUUCGAGUACACCGAUACGUUCAACGUGCACGUCCAAGGAUUUUUCUGCUAUGACAACUCCUACACGAAGCCCUACCUUGGACCAGAGGAAACGAGCGCUAUCCCACCCGCCUUGCUGUAUACGUUGGUUGCAGGUGUCCCGACACUUGUGAUAACGGUGACGGAAGCAGUGCUGUUCCUGAUGCUGUACACAUCAAAAGACCCAGACAGUCGAAGGAAGACCAUCGUGACCGGAGACUGCUGUUACCUCAACCCUGUGGUGCGCAGAACCUUCCGCUUCUUGGGUGUGUAUGUGUUUGGCCUCUUCACCACGGACAUCUUUGUGAAUGCCGGCCAGGUUGUAACGGGGAACCUGGCCCCUCACUUCCUCACAGUGUGCAAGCCCAACUACACAGCACUGGGCUGUCAGCAGGCUCUGCGCUAUAUCAGCCACCAGGAGGCUUGCACAGGCAACGAGGAUGACAUCCUACGCGCCCGCAAAACCUUCCCCUCCAAAGAAGCAGCGCUCAGCGUCUACGCUGCCCUCUACCUGGCUAUGUACAUCACGUGCUCAGUGAGAGCCAGAGGAACAAGGCUGGCCAAGCCGGUCAUGGCGCUAGGCCUGAUGUGCUUGGCCUUCCUCACAGGCCUCAAUCGGGUGGCAGAGUAUCGCAAUCACUGGUCAGAUGUAAUCGCCGGUUUCAUCAUUGGCGUGGCCAUCGCCACCUUCCUGGUUGUGUGUGUGGUCCAUAACUUUAAAGGCACGGUGCUGUUAAGUGAAGACCCUCAGCAGGAGAGUGUGAGCAGCGGUGCCAUGAUGAGCAUGCCCCGGGUGGAGAGCCCCCUGGAGAAGUACAUGGCCUCACAGAUGGAUGAGCUGAGGGCGGAAGAGGAGGACACUGCACCCCGCUCACUGAAAGGGCACCUCCUGAAGCUCUUGAACUGCAUCGUGGGAAAAAAACGCCGCUUCAGGCACCCGCAGAGCACAAGGCAAUAAACAAUCACAUCACCUUCGAUGAAGUCACAUGACCUUGAUUCAGCAGUGUGGCAGACACAUUGGACAUCCACGCUCUUUACCGUGCAGUCGUCCUAGUCAAGGUGCAAUGCUAACCACAUUAGUUAUGUCCUCCGUAGUGUUGUUUUGGCUCAUUCUUCCCUGGCACGCACGUGUGUUUGUGUGUGUGUGUGUGUGUGUGUGUAUGUGCGUGUGUGUGUGUGUAAAAAAUGUCAGUCAUGUCAAUGAAUAAUAGUGUCCCUCCCCAGUGUUUUGCUCUUGACCUGUCACAACUGGAGCAUAAAUCAGCUCAAAACUCACUGUGUGUAACUGCAGAGACUGUGUCUGUGUAGGAAAAUUAUCUGGUGACAGAUGGAAUUUGCCACUUUUCAAAACUGAACUUAUUUCUGUAGAUAAAUGUAUUUUCUUCUUUAUUUUUCCACAGUAUUAUAUAUAUAUAUGACAAUACUUUUGUGACAUGCCUUUAUUGACAAAAAUGUCAAUACUUGUGUGGCAUAAUUUUUAAUGCAUUUGUUUAAAAAAAUCAAAUUGGAGUUGCCUACACCUAACAAAAGUCAUCAUACAUGUCAUUGAUAUUUAUUGGUGCACUGGUGCAGUUUAAUUAAUAAUUUCGUGUCAGUAACACAACAAGAAACCCUUAACUGCAGCAUAUUUAGUAUAGUAUGGAUGGGAUGUUUUUCAAAAAAAUAAUUUUAGUUCUAGUUAUUUUGCUGAUAUUCCAUAUGAACCACUACUCAGACACAGUGGCAACAUGUUGAACUACUACAGUAAAACAUUAAGGCACUCAAAAUGAGCAUGGCCUUCCCUGCAGCGCAUGCUUCUCCGUGAAGAAUGGAUCAGCCAUGCAGACAAUCACGAGUGUCCUCUCAUAGGCAUUCUGGGUAAUUUUCCUAAAUGGAAGUCUAACUGUCGUUCACUCUGGACCAAUAACUUAAUUGUUGAGAGUAGUGAUGCAUCACUUGAAUCAAUGAGUUAGGCAAAGACCAUUGUGCGACCCAAUUCCGCUUCUAGCAGGCCCAGAAUAUGGCUGUUGCUAGGUUAUUUUUAGUGUCUUCUCAUUUUCAAAUGUAUGUUAACUGCUAGUCUAAUGGCUAACGUGAUAACUGAUGUGAUUAGUUUGGAUAUGUCCGCAAAACCUAGCAAAAGAUGAGAUGGAGCCCCCUUGACCUUAAGCUAAAUCCAACCAAGAUACCUCAGAUGCAACGAAGAAAAUGGAAGGACUUCAUCAUUAUGAAUUCGAUUCCAAAUCUAGGAAAUAUGUCCAGCCCAGCAUCGCACCCUGUGGAUGAACAGCUCUAGAUACCUUCUCUUCUUCAGCAGCAUGCUUUGUCAUUUAUAGGCGCAAUUUCCUGCUAAUGUGACCAGUUCAUAGAAGAGCAAUAACAUAACAUUUAAAGCUUUCUCUUUCAUGAGUAUCAAUAAAAAAGAUCCUGUUGACAUGGACCCAUUUGGCUGUGUCCCCUAAUAUGGUAUAUUUUUAUAAUCCUUGCUGAUGCACACAAAGGUCAGUAUAAUAGACACAAGAAUUCUAGCACUUUAAAACUAAAAUAGCAACUGCAGAGAAAAAGGGAACACUAGUUUAAUUGCUGCAUUAAUGAACAUAGUUAUGAUCAGGAUCCAGUAGUAUUCUGGUCAAUGUGGACUAAAGUUACUACAGUGCUUGUGACAGUAUCAUAUCUAAAGAAACACAAAGAAUGCGUACAAAGAGUGAAACAGAUUUCUCAGAUUUUCUUGCUGUUUUUUCUUAUGUUUGUGUAGUGUGCGUGCGUGUGUGUGUGUGUGUGUGUGUGUGUGUGUGUGUGUGUGUGUGUGUGUGUGUGUGUGUGACUAUCAGUAAAAUUACAAAAGUACAUACUAUACCAUAUGUACUUCAUCCUUAUAUUAAAAAAUGACAGUUAGUUUUGUUACUCAUGGAAUUGCUGUUCAAACCUGAUGGCUGGAUAUCAUUUCUCAUUUUUAAAUAGCAAUUUGUUUAUACUGAUUAUAUUUUGCAUAUUUAUGUUCACAACUUCUAUCUCCUAUUUGUUUUAUAGUUUGUACAGGAUUUUUGAUUGUAAAAGGUACAUCCUUACCUACUUUUUUAAUUGCUAAUUUCUAUCUAUGUUGUUAGCCAUUACCACUUGUUUAGCUGUUGGUUCUGUAUGGAUGUGGUAGAAUGGUGUACUAUUGAUUUUACAUGGUUCCAGCUCCCUGCGUCCUUUAAAGACUUUCAUCUAAUCAAGGCAUAACCCUUUUACACAGUAGAGGAAAUGAAAUUUAAAGUCUUUGAAUAAAAAAAUUCUAUUCUAA